AUGCGCCUCACAACCGUCUUUGCUUCCGCUAUCGCUCUCAUUGGCAUCUCCGCCUUCGCCGCAUCAGUCGCCCCUCCCGCCUCAGUGGAUCAGCGUGACGACUCUCUCUCCCGCCGUACGGUCGCUGACACCGACAUGGGCACCCUAAUCACUCGUGCCGAGAGCCCCACCCUGAAAGACGCGAUCAACGCCAUUCACUACCCCGAGUCGGACUACUUCCACCGUGACCAGUGGCUGAAGCGCAUCGUCGACGGGCUGCGCGACAAGUGGCCCAACCACAACGUGUUCGCCUUCCACCGCUUCGGGGGCGACUUCAAAUGGGGCGUAACGGACAAGAACAGCAUGGAAGCCGAGGCUGCGUUCUUCGACUUCAACAGUAAGACAGAGUACUUCCAGGUCGUCGUUUUCAAGUCGGCCGGCAUCCUCGAGAGGGUCGGUGGGGAUGGUGGGUGGGCCAACUGGGGAUACUCGGGGUGGUAUGACGAGGAGGGCGACAAGGUCACAUUUAGAAACCCGCCGAAGUGA